CGUAUCUAUCUCUUGGCUUUCGCCGAAUAGCAAUUGCUCCAGUUCGCCCCCGACACUGUACUCUCGCACUGUCGUCAUAAAUGCCCGUACGGCUGAGAAACCUCGUUGGGCGUUUGGCCAGUGCCCCAGUGCAACGCGGCCUAGAUUCUGGAUCCCCCAAAGCUACUAUUACUCACACUAACACUAACAUCAACACCACCUCCGACGGAGAACAGGGUCCGAGGCUCGGCGUCCGUCUUGGCUCGACUACGCCUUGUCACUGGACGGCCUCUGAUGCCCCCUUUUCUCACGCGGCCCAGACCUGUCGAGAUCUUUCCGUACACCCCGUACAGGAGCUCCCAGCACAAGGGCGACCGGCUCUGGGUUGUUCUCCCUCCUCGGCCUGUCUGCUCACUGUCAGAUCGCUUGCUUCUCUUCAUGGGCUUCGGCGUGGCGAACUUGGAGCCCUUACCUUCAAAUCUCACUCCGUGUGCACGCCUCAAAACAUGCAGUUCCAUGCCGUAUUCAACAUCCUGGGGGGAGGUGGCCGCUGCAUGGGAAGCCCAAAGUGGAUUUGUCCGACGGCCACAGUCUGGGAUGGAUGCCAAUCAAGGCCCGUCCGGAGUAAUCCAUCUAUGGCCUGCACCGGUGAAGCGUGAUCUCACUCCGGAGCAUGCGUCGUCCUCCGGCCCUAGCGGGUCAUAUCUGUUCUGAUAUCGGCGAUAUUUCAUGGCUUGCGAUCCAUCUGGACUUUUCAAACACCUAUCCAGAAUGGGUUGUCGACAGGGGACCAUGUCGGAGAACUGCCCCCUGCCCCAUCUCACGACGCUGCGACCGGCUGCAUGGAAAAAGGAAGUGUGCAGGAUUCCUGCGGCAAAGUGGCUCUCCGGCUUGCGUAGAUGAGGUGCGGGAGCGAUCACUACUC